UCUAUCAGUCUAGUAAAAUCCAGCAUUCAAACCCGCAAUAUGAGAAGGAAACCCGAAAUCCUGCGCUCGUUCUCCUGAAUCCUCCUGCGCCGUGCUUCCGCCGCACCCCGCCGGUCCCUCCGUCCGUCCAUAACCUGAAGGCUUCCUCUCUCUCUCCCUCAGCCCCUCUCGUGAAAUCUCUUCCUCCGCAAUUUCGUCGUCGCCGGCGUCUCUCCGUCGCCACCUCGCCGGACGCGCGAAUCCCUAAUUCGCGGCGCGCGGCUGUCUCCGGCGCUCCUCUGUGGCGGAACCUCGCCGACUGCUCAGCGCUAGGAACCCCUGCGGCAGGAAAUUCGAGGGAUGGACGUGAUCUCCCAGCUGCAGGAAAUUUGGGGACUCUGUGCUCGUUCUUGCAGAGGACGUGAGCAGAUUUCAUUCAUAAAUGUAUACUAUGGAAGUUCUCAUCGGUUGAUCACGGAUGUGAUGGGUAGUUCUGGAGAUUUUGAUGCCUUAGUAGCGGGACUUCCACUACCUGAGGGAGGUGAAGAAGCUCAACUCAAAAGGAUUGCAGACCUCCAGGCUGAGAAUGAUGCUGUAGGACAAGAGCUUCAGAAGCAACUUGAAGCUGCCGGUAAUUGCCCUAUCGAUGAGGAGAAGGAAUUGAAGCUGGUCCAGGAGCUAUUCAGCCAGGCAACAGAUAACUGCUUCAAUUUGAAGAAACCAGAAUAAAAAUUGAGGACGCUUCUCUUCUUUACCUUUUUUGUAAAAUUUAUGCAGUAGAGAUGAUGACUCAGAGAAAUAGGCAUUCUACUGUUCGAAUAGUGCAAAGAGACCUGAGAUGUCACAACUCUGUACGGGUGAGUUUUGAAGUCCUUGCCGAGUAAAAGUUUCUCGGUGCACAAAAAGCAUCAAUAUGGGCAUCAAGUCAACCAAACAAUCACUCAAAUGAAGUAGUUCUGGCGAAGUAAGAAGUCUAGUCUUGAAUCUUUAAUUGCAAAAACAAACUAUAAUGUUACAUUAGCAAUGGAAAGUUCUCUGUUUUGUUGUGCA